AGAAAAAAUGAAAACACCUUAAUUAAGAAGUUAAACUUGCCACGGCAAACCUAUUCACAGCAUUGUGGUGUCUAUAAGACAUUUUUGUCCUUCAAGGCAUAGCAAAGAGUCCCUGGAUAAGCAACUUCCUCAGUGGUACCGAAUAUGGAGUGGAGAUCGGCGGAAUUUAUUGGCCUUUAAUUCUUUGUCCAUUUUAUUUCUUUGAUAUAUUACGCUUCCCCUCCGCCUCUCUUCUUCCAGAGACUCUUCUUCUGGUCUUUGUUAUUGAUUAUCAGUGGCUGUAAUUUUUUUCUUCUUCUUGACAAUAAGUAGCUCGUGUCUCUUCUCUUUUUCAAUUUUCCCCCUCUCGGGACAGGACUCUUCUUUCACUCAAAAAAAUUUCAGUCAUCAUGUUCAAUUCCCAGAACAACGGUCAACACGUCCGGGAAGGCAGCAGCGUUUGCACUGCAUCGAAGAUUGAGGAGCUCAAGGCUGCGAUUGGGCCCUUAUCCGGACGCAGCCUAAAGUACUGCACCGACGGUUGUUUGAGGGGCUAUCUGGAAGUUAACAAUUGGAAUGUGAAGAAGGCCAAGAAGAUGUUGGAGCACACACUGGAGUGGAGAUCAGCAUACAAGCCUGAGGAAAUCCGCUGGCAUGAGGUUGCAAAGGAAGGGGAGAGAGGGAUUAUGUACAGAGCAAGUUUUCAUGACCGACAGGGAAGGACCGUUCUCGUAAUGAGAGCUGGGACUGCAAUUCAGAAAAUAUCUUCAGUUGAAAAUAUGAUACGGUUCAAUGUGUACCUUCUGGAAAAUGCGGUGCUCAACUUUCAGCAAGGUCAAGAUCAAAUGGCGUGGCUGAUAGAUUUCACUGGAUGGUCACUCACCAAGAGCAUGCCCAUUAGAUUAUCAAGAGAGUUUAUUAGCAUUCUGCAAAAUCACUAUCCUGAUAGGCUUGCCAUAGCAUUUCUUUACAACCCUCCUCGGGCGUUUGAGGCCUUUUUGAAGAUAAUCAAGUACUUCCUGGAUAAUAAGACAAUUGAGAAGGCCAAGUUCGUGUACCCCAAAGAGAAAGAAAGCGUGGAUCUCAUGAAGUCGUACUUUGAUGAAGAAAAUCUUCCCAUAGAAUUUGGGGGGAAGGCUUCAAUGAAGUAUGACCACGAGGAAUACUCCAGAUUAAUGACUCAGGAUGAUUUGAAAUCCGCGGCGUUUUGAAAGCCAGUCAAGCGGCGUUUUGGGGAACUGAUGACAGCCAGUCAAGCCACCUUGGUGCUGGCCAAUCCAGUGCCUAAACUUCGGUGGAGAUGAAAGUUACCGGUCUAUCUGAUUUCCUCUACUAAACAGUUGUUUCUCGCAAAUGAAGAAGUUAGUUUAUUUGAUGGUCCCAACCCCCGGGGGGGGGGGGGGGAACUGCGGUCCAUCGAACUUAAUUCAUUUAGUUACUAUCAAUACAAAUAUAACUUGUAUGUCUCUAACCUCAAUGUGUAUUGAACCGCAAAAGCUGCCGUGUCAUUUCGCCAGAAUACCGAAUAAUUAGUCAAACUUCGAAA